GUAACGAUGGCUGCUACUUUUGAUCAAUAUGAUAAAUCUAGCUGGUACUUUGGUGCAAUGUCACGGCAAGAUGCAUCGGAUUUACUAAUGGGUGAAAAAGAAGGUGGAGUUUUUUUAGUAAGAGACAGCACAUCAAUACACGGUGAUUUUGUGCUGUGUGUUAGAGAAGAUAGUAAAGUUAGUCAUUAUAUUAUUAAUAAAAUUCAACAAGCUGAUCAAAUACUUUAUCGUAUUGGAGAUCAAAUAUUCCCAGAUAUUCCAAACUUAUUGGCGUUUUAUAAGUUACAUUACUUAGACACGACGCCGCUUAUUAGGCCAGCGCCGAAAAAAUUACAAAAAGUUAUUGCUAAGUAUGAUUUUGAGGGCAAUGAUCAAGAUGACUUACCAUUUAGAAAAGGUGAAAUAUUAACAAUAAUAUCAAAGGAUGAAGAGCAAUGGUGGACAGCAAAAAACAACGUCGGACAAAAAGGAUCAAUCCCAGUACCUUACGUUCAAAAAUACGAGGAAGAAAAUCCGGCUAAUGCAGUCGAUAGUGCAGUAAGUGGAGUGCAAGAGAUAGGUAGCGGUGGUGGUUCUACUUCAAAUUCUAUAAAUCUUUCAUCACAAGCGAUAUUACAGCAGGCACCAGUUAGUCAGGAUUCGCCAGUAGUAACAACAACCCAGCAACAGCAAGUGACACGUCGUUCAAAUAUACAAAGAACAUUACCGGCAUUUGCAAAAGUUAAACAAGCACGAGUUCCUAAUGCAUACGACAAAACCGCAUUGAAGUUAGAAGUAGGUGAUAUUAUUAAAGUGACUAAAACGAAUAUUAACGGACAGUGGGAGGGUGAGUUGCAUGGUAAGACUGGUCAUUUUCCUUUUACACAUGUUGAAUUUGUUGAGAAUGAGCCGAAUGAAGAAAGUAAAGACGUAUGA